UAGUGCAGUUCUAGUGCAGCAAUAAAAAGUGUGCGACAUUACGUAGGUUAUGUACGUCCACGUGUGAGUGCAUGUACGAAUUGUUGCAAAUAAAUUUGACGAAAAAUUGUCUUUAAUAUAUUAUAAAAGUUUACAGUGUUACACACCGCAAUUGAGGUUAUGUUCUGAUAACAUUUGAAAAUAAUAUAUAUGUCAACGUAAAUAGCACGAAAUUAAAUCGUUUUGCUUCAAUUUUUAUACAAUAAAUGAUAUUAUUACGCAUAGCUAUUAUACAAAAUGGUCAAACCUAAGAAAAAGAACUUGUCCGAAUCUGUACAGCAGAAAAAUAAGAAACAGCUAAAUCCGUUUGAGGUACAUAUUAAUAGAGACAAACAGAAAGUAUUAGGUCAAAAGAGUAAAAAUGACCGUGGACUUCCAGGAGUUUCAAGGGCAAAAGCUAUUAACAGACGUAAGCAGAGCCUUCUUCAAGAAUAUAAAUUACAAAAUAAAGAUAAUGUUUUUUUGGACAAACGUAUUGGUGAAAAGAAUGAUGCUAUGAGCACUGAAGAUAAAGCGAUGGCAAGGUUUACCAUGGAACGUAUAAAAGCAUAUAAAAAGGAAAGCAUUUUUAAUUUAAAUGACGAAGUGUUAACACAUAGAGGACAAACUCUUGAAGAGAUUGAGAAAUUUGAUGAUCCUAGAAGCGACGAUGAAUUUAGUGACAAUGAAAAUAUUAGUGGCAAGCUGGAUAAAAAUUUUGUAGAAGAAGCUCAUUUUGGCGGAGGCACUUUAUUAAAAGCAGAUUCCACAUUAUCUAGGAAAAGUCUAAUUGAUCAACUUAUUGCAGAAUCAAAGAAACGAAAGGCAGAGAAACAAAAAAUACGCGAGCAAACAAUUGAUCUCACAGAGAAACUCGAUUCUGAAUGGAAAGAUCUCUUACCUUUUAUGUCUGCUUCCAAAAAGUCUAAAGAAGAUAUUGAUGAAACAACGAAAACUGAUACUUAUGAUAUUGCUGUACGACAAUUAAUAUUUGAAGCUAGGGGUAAUCCAUCUGAGAAACUGAAAUCAGAGGAAGAAAUUAUUCAAGAAGAGAAAGAGAAAUUAGAAAAACUCGAGGCUGAUAGAUUAGCAAGAAUGAAAGGCUUUAUAUGUAAUACUGAUAAUCAGUAUAAGCAUAAAUCUGCAGAUGAUCUUGAAGAUGACUUUAUCAUGGAAACUAUUAUUGAAAAUAAUGAUGACACUGAUCAUUCAAUUGCUAUUAAUACCAAUAUAAAUAAUGAAGAAAGUAGCGAUGAAGAUAAUGAUGAUAAUAAUGAUAAACAGAAAGAAAAUAAAUUGGUAGAUACUGCUGAUAAAAUAGUUAAAAAUACAAAAACAAGAAAGGAUAAUAGCGAAAAUCAGCAAGGAAUAUAUUCAGAAUCUGAUGCCGGAGAUAACUCUGAUACAGAAUUGAAUGACAAAGAUUCAGAGAUUGAAAAUUCAGAUGAUGAAGAAUCUGAAGAUGAUCUUUCAGAUUUAAAGAUGUCUGAAUCAUCUAGUGAAAAUGAAAAUGAGACACAAGUUAUGUUUACAAAUAAAAGUGAAAAACACGUUACGUUUAUUAGUAAUCUAACAAAAAAUAUUAAACAGAUAAAUCAAUUGGAUAAGAUUUGUCCUAAGUCAAUAUUAAAACAAAAUAAUAAUACACAUGUACAGGAUUCAUCUGACAAGAAGCAGGAGAUCAGAAACGAUCUCUUGAAGCGAAAAGAGAUUAUGGAAAAAGCACGAAACGAAUUAUCUUACACAUAUAAUGCUCCAGAGAAUUUUGAAGAAUUAGAAAAAUUGUUGAAACAUUAUAGUGCAGAUUAUCAAUCAGUGAUCAUAGAUCGUAUUAUAAAAUGUAAUCAUUGGACAUUAGAUAGCAAAAAUAGAGAAAAAAUGUCAAAUUUGUUUGUAUAUUUACUACAAUAUAUAAACAACUGUGCUUCCACAGAAAGUGCUGAUGAUUUAGUUAAAUGUUUUCAAACCUUUGAUAGGUUGUCUCCUUAUCUUUAUGAUUUAGCACAUAUGAACCCAGAAAAUGCUCAAACCUGUAUACAAGAAGUGAUCAAAGAGAAACAUAAUGAAUUUGAAAAAAAUAAGACAAAAUAUCCUGACAUGGACACGCUUAUAUUCUUUAAAUUGGUAUCCUUAUUAUUUCCAACAUCUGACUUCAGACAUCCUGUUGUUACGCCUUGUUUAAUAUUUAUGUCACAAAUAUUAUUGAAAGCUCGUAUCAAAAAAUAUCGAAGUGAUAUUUCAAAAGGUCUUUUUAUAUGCACUCUUAUUUUAGAAUUUACGAUAUUAAGCAAGCGAUUUGCACCGUCUGUAAUUAAUUUUUUGCGAGGCAUUAUCUAUAUAGCAACGCCUGCGGAUAUGACACGAACAAUAAAAAUUAUUCCACCAUUUAAAACUGCAUGUAAAGCUCUAGUGAUCAAUAAAACCGAAAAUACAAUUGAUCCAAACAACGCACACAUGUUCGCAAGUGAUUUACUCCAUGAGGAAUUAGAUGAUGAAUUUAGAACAAGAGCUUUAUUGACUGCAAUCAAUUUGCUUACUGAAUUUAAGAACCAACUUCAAGAAUUAGAAGCAGUAUAUCCAAUAUUUGAACACGUUUUUCAGUUAUUAAAUAUAAAUAACUUUAAACAAUAUCCAUCACACGUAAGAGAUUAUAUAAAAGAACUAUGUGAGGAACUUGAACGUCUACGAAAUAAGAAAUUAGAAUACAUUGUGCUUGAAAAGAAAAGGCCGAAAUCUUUAAAAACAUAUGAGCCAAAAAUAAUGACAAUAUAUGAUGGAAAACGACAUAAAUCCAUGUCAAAGGAAAAAGCAGAAAGAGAAAAAUUACUACAUAAAUAUAAGAGGGAACACAAGGGAGCAAUUCGUGAAAUAAGAAAAGAUCGUGACUUCUUAGCUAAAGUACAAAUUAAGCAGCAAAUUAAGAACGAUACCGAACGCAAACAUAAAGUGAAUGAAAUUUUUGGUGAAGCUGCUGUACAGCAAAGCGAAUUUAAAAAAAUGAAAAAAAGAAAAUAAGAGAUCAAAAAGGUAAAAUGUAUUUCCUAUGAGACUACUUACUGUUUUACGUAAAGAAUUAUCUAACUUUACAAUAAUAUUGAAAGAAACUAUGAUAAAUGAUAACUACUCAAUUUUUUGUUAAAGAAAAAUCUAAAUUGACUUAUCAUUAAAUAAUAGCGCUGGAAAACUAGAAUAUAUACAUAC